AUGAACCCACCACCGAUGAACCCCUCUACAGUACAGACUCCUGGAUUCGCGCAUUACGCCGUGGCUUGGUCGCCAUUUCAUACGAACCGUGUUGCUCUGGCCUCUGCUGCCAACUUCGGCCUUGUUGGUAAUGGACGGCUGCAUCUCGUAUCCGCCAACCCAGGUCCCAGCGGCCUGCCCAUCCUGGGCAUAGACAAAUUCUACGAAACACAAGACGGAUUGUAUGAUGUUGCGUGGUCAGAGAUCCAUGAAAACCAGUUGGUUACCGCGUCUGGGGAUGGUUCAAUACGGUUGUGGGAUGUUAUGAUCAAGGUCAGCGCCUUCUUUGUUUUUGAUCUGCCCAUCCGAGCAUGGCAGGAGCAUACCCGGGAGGUCUUCUCGGUUGACUGGUCGAACAUCAAGAAGGAUACCUUUGCAUCGUCUUCGUGGGAUGGCACAGUUAAAAUUUGGACACCAGAACGCCCUCGUUCGGUGUUGACACUGCAAGCACAUGGGUCAUGCGUCUAUCAAACCAUGUUCUCCCCUCACCAGCCUGAUUUGCUGGCUUCAUGCUCUACCGAUGGAACCAUGAAGAUCUUCGACCUGCGUUCCCCAGCCUACAUGACAGGACCUGGAGCCAACUCCUUUACCGACCCUAUUUCAGCAGCCGUCCUGACAGUUCCCGCUUCUGGGACAGAAGUCCUGACAUUGGAUUGGAACAAAUAUCGACCUAUGGUCCUGGCAACUGCCGGCGUCGACAAAGUAGCCAAAGUCUGGGAUUGCCGCAUGGUGAAGCUUGGAGAGGCUCCUCAAGUCGGGGGUGUUUGUGAGACUCAGCUUCUUGGCCACGAAUAUGCCGUUCGAAAAGUCCAAUGGAGCCCUCAUCGCCCUGAUAUCCUGGCAACUGCGAGUUACGACAUGACAUGUAGAGUAUGGACGACCAUGCCUACCCCGGGACGACCACAACUGUUGCACAUCCACGAUCCUCAUACAGAGUUUGUGGUUGGCUGCGCAUGGUCCCUGUAUGAGGACGGUCUGUUAGCGAGUUGUGGAUGGGAUGGCAGGUUAAAUGUGUUUCGGGCUUAA